CCUAUAUUUCAGGCCAUUAUAUAACAUCUCGGAGUAGUUUUCGAGCUUGGUGCACUUAAAAACUACGGAGCUUGGUGCAUAGCUGUCAAAUUCUUUAGGGACAGCUACGAAGCCCCUUGCACGAUCGUAAUAUUAGUAGAUAAAAUAAGAACCUACAUGGUGAAUUUCGGAGGAUUUAUUAAAGAUAUAAUAUACCCCCUCGAAUCGGAAAAUUGAUGUUAUCCCAGUUUAUCCCAGGAACAACGAACGAACACGCGACUUGUAUUGGACGGGAACCUUCAUCUGCCUCCUCCCCCCCCCAAAACCCUCCAAGGCGGUUCACCACCACCAUCACAAUCAAAGCACAACACACCACUACGGCUUCUUCUUCCCAUCUCCAUAAAGAAAUGGUACCUUAUUAGCCGCCAACGACGCGACCGACACCGACCGCAUCUUUCUCCUUCAUCUAUCCAUCCCCACACGCCGUUUUGUUGUUCGCGCACACAAAAAAGAGCCAAGCCCACGCGCCUGAAACCUUUGAUCCCCUUCACCGACAACACCGAUUUCAACAUCCCCUGCCCCAGAUAAAGCUUGAUAAGAGGGGGGAGCUACUCCAAGACGAGAAAAAACUAUUUCUACACCACACCACCAGGCCUAACGCCUCCCACUCACCCACCGCCAACACACCGACACCACGCCCUCCGCGUCGUUCCCGAAAAAUCUCAUUUCCACGGAGCUACACAGCGACUGACAGCACGGCGGCUUCACCCUCGACACACCCACACCCAACCUAUCCAGCUGGGCGCCCUUCAACGCACGCUCGGCGCCACAGCGCGCUAUGUGGUUAAUCUUCCGGCUCAUCGCGUCGCUCGUCUUCCUCCUCUCGAUCAUCCUCUCCAUCCCCAUCGCCUUUGAUGUCGGCGGGCGGGACAGCGGGCUAGCGCACUCGCUGGCGCUGUUCUGCUUCUACUUUGCGUACUCGACGCUGCGGAUCGUGACGCCAAAGAAGUCGUGGUUUAGGUAUGCGCUGGUGCAGGUCGUGGGGGUGUCGCAGUGGGUGAUUAUCCCGGCGCUGUUGAUUUGGAGUUUGAAUCGCUUUACGGUCGAUUCGAAUACGGGGGGGGAUUGGUUGGCGAAGACGUUUGGGGGGAAGAGGUCGAAGGAGACGAGUGUUACGGAGUGGAUCUUUAGGCCGGGGGGGUUCUAUGAUGUGCUGACGGUUGGGACUUGGGAUAAGGUGUUGACGUAUUCGACGCCGUUCUUUCAGCUUGCGGAAGGGUUUUGCAGUCUGUUGGUGAUUCAGGCCGCGGGCCAGAUUACAAGGUGGCUUGUUAAUAGAGGACGCAGUGAUACGUGGAUGAUUGGUCUCCUCAUAGUUUCCGCUUCGAUCAUCUCGAGCUCAGUCUACUUCCUCUGGCGCAUCACGAACUUCCCCGAGAUCGGAAACGUCGACGCCACACUCAUCGGCGUCACGAUCACAACCGCCGUCUUCCUCUGCGCAUGGGGCAUCGGCAGCGGGCGCGGUAACCCAGUCGAGAGCUCCUUGCUCUUCGCAUACGUCGUCCUGUGCAUAUACCAGAUCUUCACCGACUACCUCCCCUCCCCCGAAGCCGCCGCCGCCGCCGCCGCAACUGCCGCUGAAUCGCAGCCCGAGUUCCCCCCUUUCCCACCCAUCAUCAUGGCCUCCUACUCAACCCUGAUCCACCUCCUCUCCACCCUCCCCUCCGCCGUGCACUCAAGCUUCACCUUCCUCCACGCCGCCUUCCAAACCAUCACCCCUUCCGUCAUCAUCUCCCUCGCCUACCGCAUCUUCGUCUUCUACGCCGCGACCCGCAUCAUCCCCUCGGUGCGCGACUCCGGCGCGCGCGGCCUCUCGCGUGAGCCCACUCUCGAAGACGACGAUGGCGCGGGCUGGUUCCUGUGGGUGCUCAGCUGGUUCAGCCCGUCGAUCUUGGUGGCGGUGUACACGAGCCUGCUGAUGCAGCACUUCUCGACGCUGUCGGAGAAUGGGCAGGCGGCGGCGUGGUGGACGUUGCAGCAGGGGGGGAAUGCGGCGGGAAAUAAUGUGUGGAGGUGGGUUAAUGUCGCGGCGACGAUGGCGUUGUAUGCGUUUGAGCUGUAUUUGGGGAAGGAGGAUACGGAUGGGAGUUUGACGGGGCAUUGGAAGACGGAUUGA